AUGAUUCACAUCCUUGCGGCAAUGGCCGCUUUUCUCUGUUUGGUUUCCGCACACGGCUCCCAUUCGCAAGAAGACCUUGCCAAUCCUGCCGAAGACUGGGCUCUCUACCACAUGCAAGAAGAACACCAUAUCUCUAAUUUCGAUCCUUCGUCCUUCUUCUCCCUCCAUGACUUCAAUAAUGACGGUGCUUGGACCCCAGACGAGGUCCGGCGCACUUACGGCCUCGAUGAUGAGUCUUUACAAUCCACAGCGGCCGACACCAAAGACCGCGUCGUUCUUGACGUAUUCAAGAUCUUUGAUCCUGUUGGCACAGGCCUGAUCACACGUGAUGCAUGGCUCGACGCGAUUCGCGCUGGAAAACAACUGCCAGAUUCGAAAUUGGGCCCCGGCCACCACGGCGAUGACGAAUAUGAAUAUGAAAUCCACCAUUUCGAGAAAUUCCACGACGAGAAUACUGUGGUGGAAGACCUGAUCCAUCCGGAAGACAUUGAGCAUUUCAGAAAACAUGAGAUGAGAGAGGACGAGGAGGCCCGGGUUCUGAGGGAGCAGCAGCAAAACAUCGUGGAGAGGAAUAUCCCCUUAAAGUUCAAGAAGCAACUAUGA